GCUAUCGGCGUUUGUGUAAAGUCAUCUGUGAUGUGCGGAGGUGAACAGUACCGCUGCUUGUGUUAUCAUUCGGAUUUCGAUCAGGAUAGUGUGGAAGGUAACAAUUUCUGGAGUUACUCCUGAAUUUGUAGAGCAGGUGGAAUUUGCUGAACACAAGAUAUUUCAUAUAUAAUCAUCAACCUUAUUACCUAGUUUCCCGUAUUAGAAUCAGACACUGGCCUUAAAAUGAAAUCAGAAUUCCAGCAAGAAACGAUACACAAAGAAGUUGUUGUUAUUGGAAAUGGCCCGAGCGGUAUCGCACUUUCGUACAUGCUAUCAGGAAAUCUGCCUUACAUCACAUCGACAUCACAUCCUGACGAAAUGCUGGCCACACGCUUGACCGCAGCCGCAGAUCGCAGUUUGAUAGAAGCGGAUCUGGAGUUCUUGGCAAGCGGUCUGGAAGGCAGAUCCUCGAAUCCGAUUUCUUUGUUGUUGGAUGCUUUGCUUCAUCCUUACGCCGACGCGGGAAUCGAAAUGGAACCGCUGGUGGAGUUCAGGAAAAGCGGCAGGGAGAUCGACCACGUGGUCCUUGGUAAGGGCCUGCCCGGCGGUUCCUGGCACAAAAUGGACCCCCAAAUCCUAACCCUCUCCCUGGGGAGCUGGAUGUCCCUGCCAGGCCUACCGUUCAAUUCCAGAGACUCGGGAGAGAGAAGAGCGUACGCGUCAAGUGUUGCGCAAUAUUACGUGAAAUACGUCGACGAAAUGAAACUGACGAAAUAUUUCAGGAACAACGUGAUUGUCUCGGCGGUCAGACCUGUUGAAACGUCGAGGAAAAACGACAUCGUUAAGGAGGACAUGAACUGGGUCAAGAAAAUCGAUGAGAACGACAGGAUGAGCUUGUGCGCCGCCAUCGGAACGAAGAAUAAACCGAGGAAGUGUAUAAUUUCGAACGCUAUCAAUUACAUAUGGAACCGGAGCGGCAAACGAGACAGUAAAAAAUGCAAAAGGGCCCGUAGCCAGCGAACGCACAACGAACAAAGCCCGAACGGGAUAAGAGGACUGUUGUCCGAGGAUAAAUACUCUUAUAUACAGAGCGAUACGGAAUCGUUCGAUUCCAACACCUCCCUGAGCAGCACCGAUAGCGGCGUGCUGGACCCGAGAAGAGAUGGCGUUCAGAUACCGCAGUCACGUGAACGCACCGAAGACGAGGUGAACUGGACGGUCGAAACGCAAGAUUUGGAAAGCGGGAAAACGACCAUUUAUACUUGCAAAUAUCUGAUAUUGGCCAAUGGAUGCCAUGACGUCCCGAAUAAACUGAGCUUAACGAAAGGGCAGGAUCCAGAUUGGCUGCUGUAUGAUUUACGUACACUGGAAUGGUGCCUUGAUACUAAUAUGAUUGCUCAAAACUCGCCAAGGUUGGAUCCUGUCCUCGUUGUAGGUGCGGGACUGAGCGCCGCCGAUGCUGUGAUAGCCCUGAGGGGUAGGAAUAUACCUGUCCUUCAUGCAUUUAGGAACAAGAGUGCCGAUUUGAACAGGCAGCUGCCGGAAAAUAUGUAUCCGGAGUACCACAAGGUACAUCAGAUGAUGCAAGACGGCGGUUCCACCUAUCCCCUUUACACAUCGUUUCCAGAAUACAGCUUAACUGGGAUAAAUCGAGAAGAACACACUGUUAUAUUAUGCCCUAAGGAUGGAGUACCAGUGGAAAUUAAGGUGUCGUACGCAAUUGUUCUUAUAGGAUCCAGACCGGACCUGACAUUUUUACCAAGAAGCUCUGAAAUAGCCAUCAAGCAACAUGUGCCCAUAGAUGGUAAAACGAACGCAGUGAAUAUGAACAAACUUACUCACAGAGUUAAAGGAUAUAAAAACCUUUAUGCGGUGGGAACUUUAGCGGGAGAUAAUUUCGUCAGAUUUAUCCCCGGUGGCGCACUUGCAGUAGUGACCGACCUUUAUAAACGGAGUGAGGUUAACGAAACGUGAAAUCUCUAGCCCUAAUUUUUUCAAAAUAAUCUGGAAAAUUCGUCAAUUCUACAUAGGAAAUAGGGUAUAACAAAACUGCGUCUUUGCGAACUUGUAAAGAGAAGUUAAAUGAAAAGAUAUUCAUUUUAGCUAUAAAUGAGUAGUACUUAGCAUACUUGCAUUAGUAACUGUUCUGUGAUCCAGAAAACUUGACGAUCCUUCAAGGAUAAGCGUGAUAUUAAAGUAUUUUUCAAAGAAUCGAAGAAAUGAUAGAAGCACUUUAUCUCAAAUCCGAUUUAUUAUACGUAGAUGAAUAUUAAUUUUAUUUAAUUAUUAUUUGUUAACAUGAACAUUCCAAGAUUGAAUCGAACAAUAUUAUCAGGAGUUCAAGUAAAGAUAGAAUAUUAGUAAACAGCGACAAAAUUUCUCAUUAUAACUCAAGGAAUGUUAUAUUCCUAUCAUCUCAUCCACUUUUCAUAAAAACCGAAUUCUCCUCUUUAUCUCUAUACUAUAAUAUAUUAUCUAUAAAUUUCCGUAAUGAAAUCUGUAUACAUCCCAGUUAUUGCCGAUUUACACUUUUAGACUAUAUUUAUUUGCCUUUUAUAUACAUUCUUGAGUGUUUUUUCAGUUUGUUUAUUUGCAGAAAUUUUGUGAUUUUUACACUUAUAUAGAUAUAACUUGUUGAAUAUUUGAAAUCUGAUAUUUAUUUUGAUAAUAAAAAGUCUUAGAAA